AUCGCAGACAGAUCGCAAAAACUACUACUCCUUCAUCAAUCAUCAUCAUCCUCAUCAUGGCUAGAUCCUUGCUUCUCUCGGUGACCCUCACUGUCCUAUUCAUCGGCGUUGUCUCAGCUCGUGACUGGAACAUCCUGAACCAGCUCAAAGGAACCACAACCACCACAAAGACUAGCGAAACCGCCGCCGUGUCUUUGAAAGGACCAAACCUAAACGGAUACUGCGAGAGCUGGAGGGUCAACGUGGAGCUUAACAAUAUUAGGAACUUUUUGGUGGUGCCACAGGAAUGUGUGUGGUUCGUCCAAAAGUACAUGACCUCAUCUCAAUACGAGGAGGAUGUGGAGAGAGCCAUUGAUGAAGCUGUCCUUUACCUAGGAAAAACCUGUUGCGAGAAGAAGACAUGCGAUGGCAUGGAUGCUUGGAUCUUUGACAUUGAUGACACUCUUCUUUCCACCAUCCCUUACCACAAGAGCAACGGCUGUUUCGGUGGUGAGCAACUGAACCAGACCAAGUUCGAGGAAUGGCAAAAGAUGGGCAAAGCACCAGCCCUUCCAAACAUGGUUAAGCUGUUUCAUGAGAUCAGAGAGAGAGGUUUCAAGAUCUUUUUGGUAUCUUCUCGUAAAGAGUAUCUCAGAUCCGCCACCGUCGAAAACCUUAUCGAAGCCGGUUACCACGGCUGGUCUAACCUCCUUCUAAGGGGAGAGGCAGAUGAGAAGAAGAGUGUGAGCCAAUACAAAGCAGAUUUGAGGUCAUGGCUUACAAGUCUUGGGUACAGAGUUUGGGGAGUAAUGGGCGCACAAUGGAACAGCUUCGCAGGUUGUCCAGUUCCCAAGAGAACCUUCAAGCUCCCUAACUCCAUCUACUAUGUCGCAUAAUAAAACCAUUUUUACUGUCCUAACCAAAACAAUAAGAUCAGAUGUUUUAAUCUGAUUCUUGAGUAUUCAAGUCUCUUCCUUUCUCCGCUUCUGGUUUUUAUAAACAAUUCAAAUGCAUAUGAUCUAUGAACCAUGAUCAUCUUUUGUUUGUGUUGCAUUCGGAUGUUUUCUUUUGUAUCACCAUUUUGGGCCUUUGUGAAAUUAUUGAUUAUGGGCUUUUGUUAUAUAAUCU